GGCCUAUAGGACUUGGAGGCCGGGCAUCUUCUGCGGGGCGUGACCUGUCCAUGCUGGGCGGGGCCUUCGUCCCUGAGGCGGGGCCUGGGCGUCCUUGCACAGCUCCGGUUGUUGCAGACCGAAGGGCGGGCUAGGGUCUGAGGAAGACAGCUGGACGCAUCCGAGGCUCUGGAGACACCAGCCUCUGAGACAAAAAUUAUCUACAAACUAUGGAUGGUACAACUUCACCUGAUGUGAAAGAGCACCCUGAUACUGAAGUGCAGAAGAAUCGAGUACUAACUCUGGAAGAAUGGCAAGACAAGUGGGUGACCCAUCACAUCGGAUUUCACCAGGAACAAGGGCAUCAGCUAUUAAAGAAGCAUUUGGAUACAUUUCUUAAAGGCCAGCAUGGACUGAGAGUGUUUUUCCCACUCUGUGGAAAAGCGGUUGAGAUGAAAUGGUUUGCAGACCAGGGCCACACUGUAGUUGGUGUAGAAAUCAGUGAAAUUGGGAUUCGGGAAUUUUUUGCAGAACAGAAUCUUUCGUACACAGAGGAACCACUCAGUGAAAUUGCUGGUGCCAAGGUAUUUAAGAGCUCUUCGGGGAACAUUUCAUUGUACUGCUGUAACCUGUUUGAUCUUCCCAGAGUGGAUAUUGGCAAGUUUGACAGGAUUUGGGAUAGAGGAUCAUUAGUGGCUAUCAAUCCAGGUGACCAUGAUCGCUAUGCAGAUAUUAUACUGUCCCUACUGAGAAAAGGGUUUCAGUACUUCGUGGCUGUCCUUUCUUAUGAUCCAACAAAAUAUGCAGGAUGUACACUGCUUGUGUGCACGGAGACAAUUCUGGGCUAACGAGAACAGGAAACCUUUGUGCUCUUCCGCACUGUCCAUGUUUUCUUAUAUUCCUUUCCUGUUUUGUUCACCAGUCAUAGUUCAAACUGUGGAAGGGGGAAAUGGACGAUCCUAAUGUAAAGAGAUAUCUCAAGAGCCCUAGAGUGGAAGAAAGAAAUGUGGGUGCCCUGCCCUGGGCAUGGGGUGACCAUGCUGCCCCUGAGUUGGAGCUGCAUGAAGCUAAUGUUGAUACACCCUCAGAUACCUCUCAGACAGGUGGGGAAGAGGCAGGAGGAGCUGUGGGGCUCUAGGGAAAUCUCUC